UUCUUCCUCAGUCCCUCACUCAGUCGGUCACUUUUGAGGAGGAUGGAGAAGUUGAAAGCAUUAGUUCCAGAAACCCUCAAGCGGAGAAUCCUAGCAAGCACUGCGGAUGACCUCCUUUCUACUUCCUCUUCCCUUCUCGACUUCUUUGAUCCGCUGCCUCUUUUUCACCGUAUUGUUGGUGAAUUGACAGACUCAGAGAGCGGGCUAUGUAGCAAGGAUAAGAAGGUUGCUCUGGAAUCAAAGCUUAAGGGCAAUGAGUGCUUUUCCAGAGGAGAUUUUCCUGAUGCCGUGCAAUUUUAUUCCAAGGCACUCCGGUUUGCUCCAGCGGGUGUUGAUGAAAUGGGAAAGGAUCUAGUUUCGGUGCUGUAUGUUAAUCGUGCAUUUGCAUUCUAUAAAAUGGGUCUUCUGGUUGAGUGCUUACGAGAUUCUGGCAGGGCUUUAUCAAAUUCUCCUGGAUAUAUCAAGGCAUGGUUUAGGCGAGGUAAAGCAAAUGCUUCUUUGGGAAAUCAUGAAGAUGCAUUGCGAGACUUGACUAUUUCCAUGAAGCUGGAAUUCUCUUUGAGUGGAAAAAGACAGAUAGAAAAUGAGAUGAAGAUGAUACUAGACCGGUCUAAGGAAAAGACCAGUUCAUUGCAGAAAUCUGGUUCGUUGCAGACAUCUGAUGAGUGCAGAUUGGAUAUCCCUGAUGAGCCGUGCCAAAUAAAACUUCAGUGUGUCUCUACAACAACUAAGGGAAGGGGACUCACUACUCUGGCUGAUAUUCCAGAAGCAUCCUUAGUUCAUGAAGAAGAUCCUUAUGCUGCGAUUAUAUUGAAGCAUUGUCGCGAAAGCCAUUGUCAUUUCUGCUUCAAUGAAUUACCAAUGGAUUCACUGCCGUGUCCCUCAUGUUUGAUCCCAUUGUACUGUUCUCAGCUUUGUCAAGUACAAGCCAGUGGAGAUAAGAUGCAUGACACUGCAAUUGAUGGUUCCUUCAUUUAUAAGUUUUCAGAUGAUCUACAAAAGUACAUAUCAGAUGUUGUUUCAGUCAAGUUUUCAAGCUCAUGCAGUAAAAACUUUACUGAACAUGGCCACGAAUGUGGAGGUUUACAUUGGCCUUUGGUGUUGCCAUCUGAAGUAGUUUUGGCUGGUCGAGUCCUGGCGAAGUAUAUUGAGCAACAAAGGCCUUCCAGCCUAAAUCUCAGCCUUCGAGGACUUUGGGAUCUUUGUCACAACUAUGCUCAACUCCCUCCAGAAAGCAAAUUGGAGUUCCAUGUAUAUUCGAUUGUGUUGAUGCAGUGCCUUCAGCAUUCUUAUGGCUCCGAAUUUGCUAUUAGUGGAGAGACUAUUGCUCAACUUGUUAUACUUCUAUCUCAAAUCAGGGUUAAUUCCAUGGCUAUUGUCCGGAUGACAUCCUUUCAUGCCAUUGGUUCUUUGAGACAGCAUCCAGAAUUUUCUCCAGCUGCAGAUGCUUCAACAAUUUCAAUGAAGCAGAUGAAAGUGGGUCAGGCAGUUUAUUUAGCUGGGAGUAUGUUUAACCAUUCUUGCCAGCCAAACAUUCAUGCAUAUUUUGUUUCACGCACUCUUUAUGUGAGAGCUACAGAAUUCGUGGCAAGGGGAUCUGAGCUUGAGCUGUCUUAUGGUCCACAGGUAGGACAGUUGGACUGCAAGGACCGCCAACAAUUUUUGGAGGAUCAUUACUCAUUUAGUUGCAAGUGUAGUGGUUGCUCACAACUGAAUCUAUCUGACCUUGUUCUUAAUUCUUAUCAGUGUGUCAAAAUGAAUUGUUAUGGGGUAGUCCUAGACAGCCAUGUUGUGGAAUAUGAGAACCAGAAGUUACACUCCUUCCUUGGCCCUCCUGGAAUGAUUAAUUCCAAUCUUAAGGUUGACAACUGCAGAAUUGAUAGCAUCAGUAAAAUUGCUCGCUAUGUGCUUGAAAACAAUCAUCUUGUUAAACCUGGGUGUUGUUUGAAUUGUGGUACUGAGCGUGAUUUGGAAUCCUCGCAUUCAGCAAUCAAUGAAGCUGACAUAUGUUUUAGAGGUUUGCAGGAUGCAUUUGCUUCCAGUGAGGUCCCUGUUAAUGCGCUUCAGGAUGCAUUGAGGUCUCUUGACCUUCUUAGAAGAACAAUUCACCCUCUCAACAAGAGACUAGCGGAGAUGGAAGACUCCUUGGCACGGGCAUUUUGUUUGGUUGGUAAGCUGCAAACUGCACUGGACCACUGUCAAAAAUCUAUUAAGAUCUUGGAAAAGCUUUAUGAUCCUAAUCACAUUGCCAUUGGAAAUGAGUUGCUGAAACUUGCAUCCAUCCAACUUUCCUUGGAAGAUUCUACUGCUUCAGACACCCUUAACCGAGUUGCCGCAAUUUUUUUGCGCUAUUAUGGGUCACAUGCGAAUAAAAUUUUUCCUUGUUUGCAACUUCUAAAGGAGGAAGCACUUAGAAAUCAAUAAAUUCAGCCCCUAUUCCGCAAUUCACGUUUUGGCCAUCAAUUCCUAAUGGUUUUGUAAUCAAAUGGCUGUAUAUCCCACGUUGUAUUUUAAAUUCUCAUUUCCAGAACGAGAUCACUAUUGUGCUAAAUCUCUUCAGUGCCUCGUGCAUACCUUUCU